AUGUCCCAAGCUUCCCAGAAGGUCGACGCCCUCAGGUGCUCCUUCGUUCUAAAGGCGUGCGCAAGUGCGUUGGCUUUCACUGAGGCAAUGCAGAUUCACUCCCAAAUUGUACAGUUCGGGUUUGGAGCCGACGUGCUGCUGCGAAUCACUUUGCUAGACGUUUAUGCGAAAGUGGGCGAUGGAGUUGCACAGAAGGUGUUUGAUGAAAUGGGUUGGAGGGAUACUGCUUGUUGAAAUGCUUUAAUUUCUGGGUAGGCUCAGGGGAAUCGACCCACUGAAGCUAUAGCUUUGUUUCAAAGAAUGAGCGAGGAAGAGGGUUUAUCCUCUUUCACCUUUUGGGAAAGGCAUGAUGAAGUCACGGUUCUCGGUGCGCUCUCCGCCUGUUCGCAAUUGGGUGCACUCAAAAGAGGAAAAAAAGUACAUGCCUGUAUAAUGGAUGAGAAGCUUAAUAUACACGUCAUUGUUUGCAAUGCGGUUAUUGAUAUGUACACAAAAUGCGGCUUUGAGGACAAAGCGUAUUAGGUGUUUGAGAAUAUGAAAUGUGAGAAGAAUUUAAUAACUUGGAAUACGAUGAUUAUGGCGUUUGCUAUGCAUGGAAAUGGUGAAGCACUUGAGCUUUUCGAACAGAUGGAUAAAAGUGGGGUGUACCCAGAUGCAGUGUCGUAUCUUGCUGCUUUGUGUUCCUGCAACCAUGCUGGACUGGUGGAAGAUGGGGUUAGGUUAUUUAAUUCAAUGAUGGGGCAUGAUGUUGCCCCUAAUGUCAAGCAUUAUGGGACCGUGGUUGAUUUGCUGGGUUGAGCUGGGCGGAUCCAAGAGGCUUAUGAGAUCAUAAAUUCUAUGCCUAUGUUUCCUGAUGUGGUACUCUGGCAAACUUUACUUGGUGCUAGCAAGACUUAUAGGAAUGUGGAGAUGGCAGAACUGGCUUCUCAGAAACUGAUUGAGAUGGGGUCUAAGGGUUGUGGUGAUUUCGUGUUGUUAUCAAAUGUUUACGCAUCUCAAAAGAGAUGGGACGAUGUGGGCAGGGUGAGGGAGACCAUGAGGAGAAGAGAUGUGAAGAAGAUAUCGAGUUUGGGUUACAUAGAAGUGGAAGGUGUGAUACGCAAGUUCGUGAAUGGUGACCAGAGCCAUGUUAAUCGGGGUGAGAUUUAUGCAAAGCUAGAUGAGAUCAUGUUCAGGAUUAAGGCCUACAGAUAUGCAGCUAAGACCAAUAAUGUGCUGCAUGAUAUAGGGGAGGAGGAAAAAGAAAAUGCAUUGAGUUAUCACUGCGAGAAAUUGGUUGUGGCUUUUGGUUUGAUUAGUACCAGUGAGGGGACACCAAUUCAAGUGAUUAAGAACCUAAGAAUAUGCGACGAUCGCCAUGUUGUGAGCAAACUUAUUUCGAAGGUUUAUAAUAGGGAAAUAAUUGUGAGGUAUCGAGCCCAGUUUCAUAGAUUUAAAGAAGGAUUAUGCUCUUGCUGAGAUUAUUGGUGA